AUGGCCGAAGAAGCCCCCCUCCCAACCCGCGACCCCAAAACCGUCCUAUCCUCCAUCCUCUCCCUCACAGAAACCCGCAUCGUACCCCUAACAGCGCGCGGCGUGACCUCGGGCUCCAAACUCUUCGGCGCCGCGAUCCUCUCCUCCUCUACCCUGUCACCCUACACCGUCUCCACAAACGACGAGCGCACCUCGCCCCUCCUCCACGGCGAAAUCAACUGCAUCCAACACUUCUUCACAAAGGACUACCCGGACCCGUCAACGCGCCCGGACCCGCGCCGCGACUGCGUCUUCUUCGCCACCCACGAGCCCUGCUCCCUCUGCCUCUCCGGCAUCGCCUGGUCCGGCUUCCGCGAGGUGUACUACCUCUUCACCUACGAGGACAGCCGCGACCUGUUCGCGAUACCGCACGACAUCAAUAUCCUCCAAGAGGUCUUCCGCGUGCGGGCCGAAGGGGAGGACGAGGGCGCGCUGGGGCGGCGGGCGCUGUAUAACCGCACCAACGGGUUCUUUACGGCGCGGAGCCUGGGGGACCUGGUAGAUGAGAUCCCCGGGGAGGAGGAGAGGGCGUACUGGAGAGGGGAGAUGGAGCGUGUCAAGGGCUUGUAUAACGCUUUGAGUGACACGUACCAGGAGGGCAAGAAGGCUGGCGCGGAGAGUUCGAGCGUGUGGAAGUAA